GAGAGUCAGGAGUCAUUUUUGACUUGCUCGAGAAAGACAGAGGUUUGGAGAGUGACUUGUGAUGCAAGACCGGUUUUGACUCCCUAGCAUCAGAAAUCUGAGCCAGCAGAUUAAGCUUUGUUGUGGAUCUGUUUUGACCACUUUGGAAAAGGACGGGUAAAUCUGUUUCCGUGAGAAUAAGGCAAACUAGGGCCUAAUUCCAGCCACAUAGACGUCCGGGUCGGCAUUAACGACUUCAUGGCAAUAGUUCACCUCCCAAGACAGUUGUUCAGCAAAUUACCAGGGCUGUGCGCAGUUUAUUGUGCUGCGAGUUGGCGUAGUGACAGGAUCGUUGGACGGCAGUACCUGGGGGCUCUGCGUACACACAAGUGGAACGAUCGCUCCCGAAUCUCCUGUCCGCCGCUCAGAUACAACUAUGAUGUCCUCAGCCAGAUCGCCAUUCAUUCCUUUCAUCAGCUCGCGAGAGGUGGACAAUGUCCUUAAGUAUGAGGACCUGAUUCCAGUGAUAGAGCACGCCUUGGCAGAUUUCUCUAGAGGCAAGGAAGGGGGCGUGGUACAGCCACUACGUACAGUGUGUCCUGUAGAAGACCGCAACGGGAGAUUCUUCACCAUGCCUUGCUACAGCAAGAACAUGGGCAUCAUAGCCUGCAAGCUUAUGACCAGUGCCCCGUGGCCGUCAGAGGAUGAUGCACCGCGUGUCAAGAUCAUCACAGCACUGUUUGGCGCCCACAACGGAUCCCUGCAGGCGAUCGUAGAUUCUGAGACGCUUACAAGUAUGCGGACUGCAGCUUCCUCUGCGGUAGCUACAAAGUACCUAGCGCCGACAGGCAGCCGAAUAUUGACCAUUUUGGGAGCAGGUUUGGUCGCUGGAGCUCACUUGGAAGCGCUUGCACAGGUCAUCCAAUUUUCGGAAAUUCGUGUUUGGACUCGAACCUUUUCAAAAGCCGUCACGUUCGCCGAGAAGUUCGGUUGUGCGGCCUUCGAGACGGCAGAAGAGGCGGUUAACAAUGCGGACGUCAUCGUAACUGUCACGCGCAGUCACACGCCUGUUCUAAUGAGCGAUUGGGUCAAAGACGGAGCUCAUGUCAAUUGCGUUGGCGCUAUCACACCUGUUCAACAAGAACUUGAUCCCGUUUUGAUUCGCCGUGCUGUCAUCUACGUUGACAGCGUCCAAAGUGCAUCUACUGAAUCUGGGGACAUUGUCAAAUCUGAGGCAAACAUUUUUGGAGAAAUUGGUGAAGUCGCUCUGGGGAAACUCCCAGCUAGGAAGAAUGAAACGACAGUGUUCAAGUCUUUGGGGUUGGCCAUAGAGGAUGCUGCGGCUUCCAAACUCGUGUAUGACAAAUACUACAAGCCAGCAGGCGGGAACUAGACGCACCGGAAUAUGUCCAGCUCGUAGUUCUUGAAUAGCUGUGUUUGAUAGACUGGCACAUUUUGCUCUGAGCUUCAGCUUAAGAGAACUAAACUCAGUAUGUGAAUAAUGUGACCACAGCUUGAGAACUUGGUAGAUAGAAGGCACGGUUUGGUGUUCUCCUCCCCUAAUUUGAAGUGUAAAAUAAUUUCAAGAUCAACAUUAAUGUCGGUUUGAAAGUUGUGCCGGGAAUAUAUAAAAUGAGAUGAUAGGUUUGCACUUCACCAGCGAAGUUCAUUCAGCACUGGUUAUUUUCUUUUUUUUUCUGGGAGUUUGUGGGUAAAUUGCUAGCUUAGGGGAGGGGGGUUGAAUCAAUCAGCCGGAAUUUGCUUACUGGUUGAAUGGUUAAAGCGUCUGCACUAGUAAGCAAGAAGUCGUGUAAGUAUGAGUCCCGACUGAGCAGUCUUGUGAUUUCUCCAACAAGCUCCUGGGAAAACACUGGUAACAUCGUUCUUAAUAAAUUACAGUAUAAAUAUCCAAACAGUCAUUUCAGGGCAACACAAUCAGAAUUGUGGUCAUCAGUAUUGCCCUUUUUGGAUAUGCUUUCCUUUCAUAUAAACCUUUCCUUGCUUUCAUUAUGUAUCGUCGAUUGCAUCUUUAUUGUGGAGGUGUUUAUGUGAUAUACUGUGUAGUUGAUUUUCGAGUAUGUUAUAUCUAACGAGAUUUUUGUUUCAUGUACUCUUGAAUGCAUUGGGUUAUGUUUUCAGAUGAUUUCUUUAUUGUGAAAUAGAGGUUCCUCUACAGUAGCCGCCGUGCUGUCGUACUAGGAAAGAAAAUACGAAUUGUAUUUUGGUUUUAAAGGUGCCAUGAAAACCCUUCAAAUCAAGAUUUCUUGAGGAAAGACGCCAGUCUUGUUCGACAAGCAACAUUUCCUCUGUAAAACAAGAAUUUUUUAAAGAGAAGCGCAUUUUGCUUUGGUAUUGUGAAACGCAGAUUAGGGUUAGCGUUGAGCGGUCUUCUCGUCGGUUGUUGUCCUGAUGUAGGCUAUAUGUUCCACGUUUGAAAUAAUUUUUGCGCAGCUGUUAGUCUUAUCCAUGAAAUUUUGUUUUUGACUUUUUCCAUUAGGUACCCAACCCGAACGAUAUUAAAUUUGCUUUACUUCCCAUUUACUCUGUCUGUUCAAUAAGCCGAUAAUGACUGUACUAUUCACCUUGAUAUGUGUGUGUCCAGCUCUGAAUUUGAUCAAUUACACAUCAAACCAUUUCACCUAUCCAUUCUUUAGUGUCAUUUAACACACUUGGGGGAAGUUGUAGUAUGGGAAUGGUGCAUAUCAAUGUAACGACCUGUUUUUCAUUGCACUAUGAGCCCCAAAGUUUCAUUAAUAAGUUAUCAGAAAAAAUGAAUGAUCUUUAUUAUUGUUUCAUGUCACAUAAACUACAUUCUGCACUAAUUACA